AUGCUUGCCCGCACACCUCCGAAACCCGCCGCGAAGAAGCCCGCAGCGGCUGUUCCGCGCAAAAAGCAUGUGCAGGCCAAAUCCGAAAAUUUUUACCGCAUUCGUACUCUCCGUCAAAACAUGUUUUCUCCUGCACCCCCACCCUUGCGUAUGGCCCGCCUUCGAUAUCUCCGACAUUGGACAAUCCACCGUGCGUGGCAGUUGUUUCGUCGACAGCAACACCAAGCGACCGAGCGCGAGCGUCAUCGUAUCUACAGCGGCAUGUACAAUGCCUGUGAAGAGCUGCGCAAAACCGUUGGUCCUGGUAACCGAGACGAAGGUUACCUGUACCGAGUAGCCAUGGAAAAGAAGGGUGUAUGGGGAACUGAUGCGAUACCGAUUGAAUACGCACGAUACCAAACAGACUUCCCCGCUAAGAAUGCGUGGAACCACGACUGGAAGAGACACAGCAACUAG